ACUAAGGGAAGGUCGUGAACAACAGCAACACAAAUGCACUGAACACAACAGUCUUCACUGAUAAUGACGUCGAGCAGAAACAGAAACAUGCUGGUGAAUAUUGUAGCAGAAAUCAGGACUCUCAGGACUCUUCUUCUCCUGCUGUGCUGUUUACUGUGUGAAGCUGGAGACGAGACGGUCACACUGCAGGAAGUGGAAGGAACCACUAUAACUCUCCAUACUGGGAUAACUGGGAUUCAGAGGGAUGCUCAUAUAGUUUGGUUUUAUGGACCUGAGAAAGCAGAGGAAAAGAUAUUGAUUAGUCAGGUGUUUAAAGGAGAAACUGUUACAGACAUCAGUGAGAGGUUUAAAGAGCGACUGCAGCUGGACAGAAUCAGUGGAGCUUUAACCAUCAGGAACAUCAGCAGAACUGAUUCUGGAGUUUAUUUAUUACACGUCAUCACUGAACAUCUCUCAUCUAGGACUUUCAGUGUCAGUGUUUAUGCUCCAGUAUCAACUCCAGUAAUAAUAAAUGAAAGAGGAAAGCGAAGUGUGAUUUCCACAGAGUCGUGUUUCCUCCUGUGUUCUGUGGAGAAUGGAGAAGAUGUGAAGUUAUCCUGGUACAGAGAGAAUGAGAGAAUCUCCAUCACCAAUAACACAGAUCUCAGUGUUCCCCUCAAUCUCCCACUUCAAAUACAACACAAUGACACUAACACUUACAUCUGUGUGUCUGCAAACCCGGUCAGCAAUAAAACAACUUCUCUCAACAUCACACAGCUCUGUGACGUCUCAGAUAAACCUGAUCCUUUACUGCUUGCUCCCCUGAUAUCUGCUGGACUUUUUAUUUUAUUAAUUAUAACAUUAAUAACUUUGUGGAUUCGGCUGAAAAAGAAUAAAACAAAAGGCAAGUAAUGAAUCUUUCUGUUCAUGUGUUUAG